AUCUUCCAUCUAUUGUCUCUAGUUUCUAUGAUUCUAUGAUUAAAGGCACCUGCAGUCAUGUUCAUUGGUUCCCUAUGAAAAAUGAUAUUCAACAUAGAUGUCAAGUGUAGGAAAGAAGAAUUAACAAGCACUUGAUAGCAACCCCAAAAUAACAUCUAAAUAAUCACUCAGGAACAUCAAAGUCAUGGCAAACAAUUUCCAUUUUAAAUAAAGGUGUUGGACAGGAUUAGGGGAAAAAUGAGCAAAUACGUCUUCUUUAUUAACAUUCAUUUAGGAAAUAUCUGACAUAGCUUAGAAAUUCUUUUUGAAAUGCAGACUGAAUAAGUGUUAACUUUCUCUAUGAAGGGUCUUCAGCUAGCAGAUUGCAAUAGACUAUUUCCUGGUAUUUUAUCUUAAAUUAGAGCUAUAAAGUAGGAGAGAUCCAAGAUGGAAAGACCCAGUUCAGGGGUUCUCUAAAAAGGCCACCAGGAAGCCCGUGGACUCCGUGAAAGGGCCCAUCACUCCAAAGACACCAAAUACUCCCUCAACACUGAAGGCUUGCCCAUAAAUGUAUCCCUUUUCAUAUGCAUGAAAUUUCCAUGAAUAAACAUAUAAAUGCCUCUAGAAACACUGUUAAAUUUAUAGUUAUUAUAUAUAACUACUAUUACAUUGGGGGGAGGGGCUCAAUUUUGUAAUUGUUGUUAAAAGGAGACUUCAUAUUCGAAAAGCUUAGGAAACUCUAGCCCAGUCCAAACAUCUCUUUUUACUGACAUAGAUGGAUCUUAGGGGCAGCUGGGACUCCACCUUAGGUUUUCUCAUUCCCAGACACGUGUUUCUUGUUGCACACCAUACACGCCUUCCAGUGCAGUUACAGAUUCAUGGGACGUUAACAGUCAUGACUAGAUCUCUCUCUAAUAUCAUUUCCUCUUUCUAAAGCAGGAGAGUACAGUCCUACCCUCUCUCCGUGGAUAUGUUCCAGGAACACUCUAAAUCUCCUGAGCCUCUUCUUUCCCCUUUCUUCCCUCCCAUCCUCAGCUCCCCAGUUUGGUAAGUUUAAGGUCAGCAAUACACUCAACCCUCCUCAAGCUCAGAGAUGCUCUGGAAGUGCCCUAAGACAUUUAAUCUCAAUAUGAAAUGGAAAUAUAAUCACCGAGGUACUAAAACAAAGAAUGUGUCAAGUAUGUAUAAAAUCUGCAUAUAUAUGAGUGUAUUUAUAGCUCAAACCCCAUAAAUAUUUCCUAGUAUCUAUGAAAAAUGAGAAAGUGGAAUAUUCAUGAAUAAUCAUUUUAUUUACCUGCAUCUGUCAAUACCAAUCAGCUGUUAAUAAACCCCUUUUCAAAAUGGUUUCACAUGUAUGAUUUCACUUUCUCCUGAUGACUCACUCUGAUAUAAGUGCUACUGGAGUGUCACUGGAACUUAAAUUCCGUGAAGAGAAGGAAUUUAUUUUAUUCACUGUUCUUUCCCCAGUGCCUAGAACAGCAUCUGGCACGUGGUGGCAUUCAAUAUUUGUUGACUGAGUGAAUGACAGAAGCUGACUGGGAUGGUAGUUUCUAUUGAUUGAUUGAUUUUUUGACUUCAUGUAGUUUCACUUUUCUUUGAGAAAAUUAAAUGAGUUUAUAGGGGAAUAAUUGAGUUCCUAAAAAUUUCUUCUUAAAGUCUUCAUCCUGUUGUAACUUUAACAUUCUUCCCUCAAAUAUUGUUAAUGUAAUUUUUCUUUUCUUUUUUUUUUUUUUUUUUUUGAGACGGAGUCUUGCUCUGUCACCCAGGCUGGAGCACAGUGGCACAAUCUCGGCUCACUACAACCUCCGACUCCCAGGUUCAAGCAAUUCUCCUGCCUCAGCCUCCCGAGUAGCUGGGACUACAGUCACACGCUGCCAUGCCCGGCUAACUUUUGUAUUUUUAGUAGAGACAGGGUUUCACCAUGUUGGCCAGGAUGGUCUUGAUCUCCUGACCUCGUGAUCCGCCCGCCUCGGCCUCCCAAAGUGUUGGGAUUACAGGCGUGAGCCACCGCGCCCGGCCCUGUUAAUGUAACUUUUCAAGUUUAUAUAAGUAAUUCAUUCAUUACAGGAAAAUCAGAUACUAUCAAUAUAGGAAAAGAAGAAAAUAAAAGGUCCUGGUGAUCCCAUCACCUUGGGACAACACAAUUAACACGCUGAUGUGUAUCUUUUCAGACUUUUUUCUAUGCAGUUCUACAAACACAAACACAUACAUAUGAAAUAUUCCCAAAAGUCUCUGCCCUAGACUUUGUGAUUUUGAUUUUUUCCUUCUUCUCUAAACCCUUUUUCUGAGGUAGCUCCUUGCCUUCCUUUUAUGUCCUAAAUCUAUUCCUUCCCCAAUAUUUAGGUCCUACUUCAAAACGAUUUUCCCCCUUUGCCCUCCAAAGGAUUAGUCUGUUCUUACAACUUUGAACUCUAUGUGGAUGUUGUCUAUCGGGAUCUUCAGUCCUCCCUUUUCUCUGGGAUACCGAUGCUACUCAAGCUCUACACAUCCAACGCCCAAUGCAUCAUAUCGCCUCCAUCAAAACCAGAUGACGCACUGAUCCUAUUUCCGUUAACUAUCACAGAAUUCUACAAGGUAUCCUCAAAAGCCAUCUUUGCUUCCCCAACUUCACCACAUCCAACCACUCAAAGCCUUUUACAUCCUCCUUGCUAUUCUCUCUCACUCAUCAAUUCCCAUGGUUGUCAUCAGUGUUUAGGCCCUUGCACAUAUACUAUUUUCUGCCUCUGUCUCUUGUUUUCUGUAUAACAAAAACCCAUCAAUGCUACCCACUGCUGCAAGUUAACUUCCUAAAACCCCACUUAUUUCUUGCCCUUCCUAUAUUCAGAAAUUUGCGGUUGCCUCCUUCUCUUACAAAAUGGGAUUCCAGCCUCUUCAUAAUCUCACCUCAAACUACUUUUCCACCCUAUUUCUCUUUAUUCCUGGAAAGAAACCCUUUGCUCCGGACAGGCUGGUGUACUCAUUACUCACCCACCUCCAAAACAUCUGAUUGUGAGUUAAGUGCUUGUUAACCGUUUAUUAUGUGUAAAACCCAUUCAAUCACUCAACAAAUAUUUAUUGAGCAGCUAUUCCAUCAGGUGAUGUAAUGAUGCUGCAGACACAGUGGUGAACAAGACAGAUCAAGUCGCUGUCCUCCUGGAACUGAGGCAAAUGGGUUAUAGGGGGAGACCGUUAAGACAUGGUGGUCCCAGCCCAGGAUACUCGCAAUCUUCCAUUGAAAUGUCAAAUGAAUCAAGACAUCCCUGAGGGCUGAACUUUGUGGUCCAGGCUGCAAAUGGGGAAAGAGUUUAGAAGGAAGGGCUGGCUGGAGUGAGAGCUGGAUUGCGGACGUGGCUUCUUUGAUGUGGGACUCAACCCGGGCACUCAAGGAUGAGCAUAGGAGAGAAGCAGGUGCCUUUCUUCCAGGGGUAUAUGAGGAAAGGCAAAAAGGUGGAAUGGAAACAACAGCAAUAGUGUCAGCUUAUUUUGCAUAAAGGUUCACUCAACACCUAUUCAGCAGAGCACAUCCUCUGCCCUUGCAGGGCCCCAGGCUUCGUGGUGGAUGUGAAGGUAACACAGACUCAGAUCCUACCGUCAGGGGAUUUCCAUCUAACAAAGAGGAGAAGGCAGGUUCAUGAUGGUCUAUCACACACACACAGUGAGACGUUCCAUAAGAGAGCAGAGAGAACAUGGAGGAAGUUUGGAAGGUGCAUUUCUGGGUUUGUGUAACAGUACUUAUAGCACCACAUUUUUAUGCAUCUGCACCCAUACGUGCAUGUAUCGAAAAUAACUGUUUCAAAGUGCUUUCUCACUCACUUCCUCAUUUCGUACUAAGUGACUCGGGAAACAGGCAGAGUGGGUAAGAUGAUGUUUUCCAGAGGGGGGAAAGUGUUGCACAGAUCUUGUAACUGAUCUGCUUAGGUAGGGAACAUAAACAGGCGGCGAGUGGAACAAGAACACCCUGUCUGUCGCCGCCCACUCCUGCAGCAGAGGAAGUAUCUAGAACUGAGGACGCACACUAAGUCCUGCAAUCGCAUGACACCUGGCAGGUACAAUGAAGCCAGGAAGGCACUUCGGAUCGAAAAGGGCAGGACAGCAUUCUGGAGAGGGAACGUGAGCCAAGGCCAUUCCCCCAUUUCCGUUUUACCUCCCCAAGUCCUGCCUAAAUCAUCCCCCACCCUUAGGUCUGCCCAAACCACAACCAUCCCUUAGGGUUCACCCCAAAUAUUUUCAACCCACACGUGUUUUUUUCAUUCCAUUGAUUUCACCCCCACUAAUACCCCAGAGAAAGGCAAGUGGCCGUUUCUCUCCUGGACAUCAUAGCAGGCCCAGCCAGCACACGGCUCGGCUCAGAGCAGGUAGUUAAUAAACAUGAGCCGAAUGAAAGAAUUCCUGAGAUCACCACAGCUCAGUAAGGAUGCCCUGAGCCCCUACAUCCCUCCCCCAACAGAGUGCGCCUGCCUGGCACGGGCGGCCUUAGCAACCCGGAGGAACUCACUAACAGCGGAGAGCAAGGGGGCGCGUGGGGAGAGCGGGGUGGCCCGAGACGGUGGGCCACUGGGACCAGAGCGCGCGACCCCAGCCGGAAUUCGGAGCUAAGGCUGCCGCGCUCCGUCAAAACGCGCUUGAUGAGGUCGUUAAAGAUUUCUCCCUCUGGAAAAUCGCCAGGGAAAAGUGGUGAAAAACGAAGACGGGAGGGCCCUAGUCUUGGCAGUCUAGGUGGAGCCCAACCCCCGGACCUAAUGCCGCAGGGAGAAAACACAGAGCAGCGAGCGCAGAUACCAUUCUAGCUCCAAGGAAAGGGAACCGCUUUUGCCGCAGGAAGAACCUAGGCCUGGAAGCCUCGCGAGAUCUGGGGGUCGGGAUCACGUUGCGUUACCUAGCGACAGCAAGGACGCUCGUGGGACCCCAGGCUAAACCCCGCUGUAGCCUUAAAUCUCCUACCAUGGGGGAAGAAGGCGGCGGCCGCAGCUGUGGGACCACUAGGGAGCUGCAGAAGCUGAAGCAGCAGGCGAUGGAGUACUACCGGGAGAACGACGUUCCGCGCAGGCUGGAAGAGCUGCUCAACUCCACCUUCUACCUCCAGCCUGCCGACGUCUACGGGCACCUGGCAAACUGCUUUUCUAAACUUGCAAAGCCUCCCACCAUAUGCAAAAUAGUGGGGAAAGAAGUACUGGAUGGACUGGGGCUUCCAACCCUGCAAGUGGACACAUUCUGUACCAUUCAAAACUUUCCCAAGAACAUAUGUUCUGUGGUGAUCUCGACUCAUUUUGAAGUCCAUGAGAACGCUCUGCCCGAGCUGGCCGAGGCGGAGGAGGCAGAGAGGGCCAGUGCAGUCAGCACCGCCGUGCAGUGGGUCAAUGGCACCAUCACGCAUGAGCUCCAGGGGAUGGCACCCUCUGACCAGGCAGAGGUGGAUCACCUACUCAGGAUAUUCUUUGCAAGUAAAGUACAAGAAGAUAAGGAGAGAAAAGAAUUGGAAAAGAGCCUGGAAUACUCAACAGUGCCUUCACCUCUACCUCCAGUACCACCGCCACCACCCCGUCCACCUCCUACCAAAAAAAAGGGGCAAAAGCCAGUGAGAAAGGAUACUAUUACAGAGAAACCUAUCACGCCUGCAGAGCCUGUUGAGCCUGUACUCAGUGGCAGUAUGGCCAUAGGGGCCGUGUCACUAGCUGUUGCCAAAGCCUGUGCCAUGCUGCUUAAUAAACCUCUGUACUUAAGUAUCGCUCUACUGAAGCACAAUCAGGAACAGCCAACAACGCUAUCUAUGCCUUUGCUGAUGGUAUCGCUGGUCAGCUGUGGGAAGUCAUCAUCUGGGAAGCUAAAUUUAAUGAAAGAAGUGAUUUGUAUACCCCAUCCUGAAUUAACAACCAAACAAGGUGUCGAGAUGCUUAUGGAAAUUCAGAAACAUAUCAACAAAAUAAUUGAAAUGCCCUCUCCUCCAAAAGCAGAGACAAAAAAAGGGCAUGAUGGAAGCAAAAGAGGUCAACAGCAGAUCACUGGCAAGAUGUCCCAUCUUGGCUGUUUAACCAUUAACUGUGACUCCAUAGAACAGCCACUGCUUCUAAUACAGGAAGUCUGUGCAAACCUGGGGCUAGAACUGGGAACAAAUCUGCAUCUAGCUAUCAACUGUGCUGGACAUGAGCUGAUGGACUACGACUCUGAACAAUGGGACAGCAUCUAUCACGCACUUGGUUCCAGGUGUUACAUAAUUGCAGGAACUGCUUCCAAAAGCAUUUCUAAACUUCUAGAGCAAGGAAACAUCAGCAUCCCCAAAUCCAAUGGGCUGAUCAUAAAACACACAAACCAAACUACAAUGUCUGACUUGGUGGAAAUAACCAAUCUGAUUGAGAGUAAGAAGCACAUCACUGUCUUUGGAAGUACAGAAGGAGAAUCAUCUGAUGACAGCCUUGUCGAUUUGGCUGUUGGGCUUGGUGUCCGGUUUAUCAAGUUGGGGGGUCUUUCCCGUGGUGAACGAGUGACUAAAUACAACCGCCUUCUCACUAUAGAGGAAGAACUUGUCCAGAAUCGAACACUGGUUGGCAGGAAAUUCUGGGCCACUUCACUCGCUCUGGGACCUGCAGACACAAUCCUGGGAGAACAGAACAGGCAGAAGCUGGUAGGAAAAGAUAAUUCUUACAAAGGCAGCUCUCCCAAAUCUCUACCUGUAGUGCCUGGUCAAGAGGGGAAGGUAAAAAUUUUUCCUUGUUCCUUCCUUUCCAAAUUCAGAUUGGCAGGAAAAAAACAUUUGAAAUUUGAAAAAGAGAAAAUUCGUUCUUUGAAUUUGUGACUCCUGUAGAUUUGGUUUGGGUACAUAUUGAUGACUGAUCGAUCUUUAGCCACCCAGCAAAGGCUUUUGUUUUUCUUGUCUUUUUUUUUUUUUUUUUUUGGUGUGGUUUGUCAUAAAAAGGAAAAUCUUUAGAAGAUUCUCCUUUCACUUUGUUGUAUGUUUUGUUUUGAGAACUUGGCUUUUGCAAGCUUGUUGCAACAUGGUGAA